AUGAGGACGUCCACUCUCUUCGCCGGCUCCGUCUGCGCCGUCUCUCUGGCCUCGGCGCAGGUCCGUCUGCCCUUCACCCGCCAGAGCAGGUCACCCGCCGGCACCAAUGUCCAGACUCGGUCCGCCGCAGCCGCCGCCGAGGGUCCCGGUGGUGGCCGCCGAUCCCUCCCCUCGGUCGACUUCUCGGUCGACAACUGGCAAUACGUCGUCAACGUCUCCGUCGGCACGCCGCCGCAGGACAUGUCCCUGAGGCUGAGUAUACUGGAGAGCGCCUCAUGGGUCCCCAACCGCGCGCACUGCGCCGACUCUCUGCCCUACGACGACUACACCCUCACGUACGCGUCCCAGGCGGAGAAACCCUCGUGCGAGUACGGCGCCUUCGACCCCAUCGCGUCCUCUACCUACGUCAACCGGGACACCGCCUCUUUCUCAAGCUGGGACAUCUCCGACAUGGUGAGAGGCGACUGGGCCAGCGACACCCUGAGCAUCCCCGGCGCCACGCUGCCCAAUCUGACCAUGGGACUUGUUCCGUCGGCCGAGAACUUCGUCGGCGUGCUGGGUCUGGGAUUCAACGUGAGCCGCGAUCUCUGGAGCGCCUCGACCGAUCCGCCCACCGUUCUCGAGCGGCUGAAGAAGGACGGCCACAUCAAGUCCACCGCCUACAGCCUCUGGAUGGACGACAACAACGACGAUGACGACGACGACGGCUCACCCAAGUCCGGACACCUGCUGCUGGGCGCCGUCGACAAGUCCAAGUUCGAGGGGCCCCUCCUCCGCUUUCCCACCUGGAGCUCCCAGGGCAGGGUUUCCAAAUACAGAGAGCGCAUUUUCGACACGCCCAUCUACUCCGUCAACGGGAACAACUCGCCGUUGGGCGCACCGCAGCCUCUCGGGCAAGAGGUGCUGCUGCAGAACGUAGACGCCGUCGUCAUCCUCGCCCGGCUGGAGCCCCAGUCCGUGUUCUCCGUGCUGCCAGACGCCCUCGCGCGGGACAUCUGGGCCCUCGCGGGCGCCACGUGGAACACCGACUUCUACGCGGGCGUCAUCCCGUGCGCCGCGGCCGGAACCCUCACGGGAAGCAUCGGCAUCCGGCUCUACGGGUCCCAGGGCCCCGUCCUGGUCGUCGCCCUCGCCGACCUGGUCGUGCCCGCGGACGUCUGGGCGUACGCGCUGCGGUCCCCGGACGCCCGGUCGACCCAGGAGUACUGCAUGUUCGCGAUUCAGUCCGAAGUUUCGACCUCCUCCUACAGCCUCCACUGGCUGGGCGGCGCCGUCUUCCGGCAGUCCUACAUGGUCUUUGACCUCGCCAACGAGGAGGUGGCCGUGGCGCAGGUCAGUCUCGGCGGCGCAACUUCGACGGAGGAGGAGGAGGUCGUGCCCUUCGCCAGCUUCGGGGCCAGGGUCCCCGAGUCGACGUGGGCGAGGCCCGACUAUUGCCCCGGCUCCUACGCCCAGUGCGGCGGCAACGGGGACAGCGAGUCUCUCCCGCCCCCUGUCAAGAUCGGGAUCGGCAUGGGCGUCGGCCUGUUCUGCCUCCUCGUCGGCGGCCUGUCCUUCUGGGCCAUCAAAAGGUGCCGUCGGAUCAGGCAAGGCGAACGGGAAGUCUUGGCGAAGCAGGCAGACAUGGAGCAAGAGGCCAACCCGCGGGACGGCACUGGUGAUGGAUACAACGUGGCUCAGGAGGGCUCCCUGCCGCCGGCCGCCGUGACGUCGGAAGGCCCUCAUGACGAAGACCAUCGACGAGCAGCGUGA